CCCCCGCAGAACCGCCGACGCCGUCGGUAAGCUGGUGGAGGUCCUGAGCGACUCGAAGCGGGCGCGCGCGGAGGUGCCGGGACUCCUGGUGGAGGACCCCACGGGGACGCGGACGCUGCUCAGCCCAGACGAGCUGGGAUCCUUCACCCAGCUGAGUGCCUGCCAGGUCGAGCAGUGCCAGCGGUUCAGCUUCCCCCACAGCCUCGCCGUCCUGGGCCGCUCGCUGCGGAGUACCUACGACGACGUUGUUGUGGUGGAUGGCACCCUGGUUGUCUGCGAGUGUGUUCGCGUCAGCCAUAGCCAGGGUGUCCUGUGCAUCAAGUGGGAGG